AUGACAACUCCACAGAGAAAUACAGAAAACUUGGUGAAUACGGAGUGCAAAAACACAGAGUGUGUGGACAGUAUUCAGGACUUACUGGAGAAACUUCGGAGUCUUCCUACAGGGGAUAAAUCAGACACAGAGAUGCUGUGGUCCCGGAUAGAUGAACAGUCAAGUUUGAUCUGCAUGCUGAAACAGAGAGCAGAUGAGCUGGUUCUGAGAUGUCAGGCCCUGCAGAAAAUCAAUACAGAGCUUGAGGAGCAAGUAACAGGCUGUCAGAAAGAACUGGACAGAGAAAGAAAGAAAACUGAGAUUAUAGAAAGAAGAUUUAUGGAUUUAGCUGCCAACAAUCAAGCAAUUAUUGCUUUCAUGGACGAGCACAAAAGUCAGAACGUGCAGUUAAAGCUGAAAAACAAGCUGCUGCAGUCAGAAAAUGAUUCACUUUUCUCCCCAAAACUACAAGAUAAAGAGGUGGUUGUUCAAAAACUUAUGCAAGAAGUCAAAAUGCUAACAGAGAAAUACACAAAUAAAGAAAAUGAAUAUCGGGAGAAAUUAGCUGAAAAUCAGUCAAAACUCUUGGAACAAACAACAAAGCAUCACACCAAGGAGGCAUUGCUAUGUGAACAACUGCAUGAUGCCCAGAAACAGCUUGGAGAUGUUUCACAGAGGUGCAAAGACCUGAAGCUGCAGCUACAAAACACUGGAGAGGAGAACGCCUUGAAGGAAACCAACAUAAGAGAAAGCAUAACAAGCCUCACCAAAGAGAAAGACAAAUUAUUGAGUGUUUCUGUGGAAAGAGGGAAAAUAAUACAGGAGAAACAAGAGGAAAUGCAGCAGCUGGAGAAAAAAUAUAUGGAAGAGAAAAAAGCCCGGGCCAAAGCAGAGAGCAGGUUUGAACAGGAAGCACAAGCUGUUAACGCAGAUGUAAAAGUGAAGUCUCUCCAGUGUGCUCUUGAUGAAUUCAAGAUAAAGCAUGAGAAGCUAAAAAAGGAUUUCGAAGCCUUCAAAGAACACAGCACCAACCUCCUUGUUCAAGAAAGGGAGUUAAAUAAGAAACUUCGCCACAUGAUCGGCUAA